AUGAACGCGCCGAGCCGAAGUGACGCGUACCUGCUGCCUGAAGGUGCGCAGAAAGUGACGUAUGAGAAGGACACUAAGAUCUCAAACGCUGGCAAGUUUACCAUCUUGCGCGAGGACCACACUAUGGGCAAUCUCAUUCGCAUGCAGCUACUGCGCGACCCGAACGUGACAUUCAGCGGCUACCAGCACCCACAUCCGCUGAUUCAUGACAUUACUGUGCGUGUGCAGACGAAUGAUGCGUCGUCACCAGUGGAAGCGCUGGCCAACUCUCUCGACGAUCUGAGCACCGAAUUUGACGAGAUUGCACAGAAGUUUCGCCGCCUCACUGGCAACUCUAAGGAUCCCAGUUCCUUCAGUUAG